CGCGCGCAUGAGACUGGGCAAAGGAAGUUUGCUCCGUGGUACUGAACGAAACUUUUCCCCGGAGCUACAGUGGAAGAUCAGAACAAUCCUGGAGAAUUGUGUUGCUGGGAGAGUGAUCCAGUCGUGCAGGGAACCAUUGUUUUCCUCAGUACGCCUGUGAGAUUGGUAGAGAACCGCAAAGUAUUUUUUCUCCCGUGUUCUAACCCCCUACUCUAUCCGAGAUGGGGAAGGAGCAGGAACUCCUAGAGGCGGCGCGCACUGGAAAUCUUGCCGCUGUGGAAAAGCUUCUUUCUGGGAAACGACAAUCGACUGGAAGUGGCAGUGGAUCAUCGGGGACUGGUGGAAGCAGCAAUAUCAGUGGUCACAAUGCUUCUCACCCGCUGUCCAGCCUUCUCAGUAUCUGGAGGGGUCCUAAUGUAAACUGUGUGGACAGCACUGGAUACACUCCUCUACACCAUGCUGCCCUAAAUGGACACAGUGAGGUAGUGGAGGCGCUGCUACGUAACGAGGCCUUGACCAACAUCGCUGACAAUAAGGGCUGCUACCCCCUGCACCUGGCCGCAUGGAAGGGGGACCAAAGGAUCGUCAGGCUACUCAUUCACCAAGGCCCCUCACACCCCAAACUCAACGAGCAGAGCUCCUCUGUAGAGCACAAAGAGUUGAAACGCUGUGGGCCCUUUGACCUACAUAUUAAUGCCAAGAACAACGACAAUGAGACCCCCCUCCACUGUGCCGCCCAGUACGGCCACACCCAGGUGGUGCGUCUGCUGCUGGAGGAGCUGACCGACCCCACCAUGAGGAACAACAAGCUUGAGACGCCGCUGGACCUGGCGGCGCUCUACGGCCGGCUGGAGGUGGUCAAGCUGCUGCUCACCGCCCACCCCAACCUGCUCUGCUGCAACACCAAGAAACACACGCCGCUGCACCUGGCGUCACGCAACGGACACCUGGCCGUUGUGGAGGUGCUGCUGGCAGCCGGCAUGGACAUCAACUACGAGACGGAGAAGGGCAGCGCCCUCCAUGAAGCAGCUCUCUUUGGGAAGACUGACGUGGUGCAGAAACUUCUGAGUGCAGGGGUUAAUGUGAACAUGGUGGACAGCAAGGGCCUGACAGCGCUGGACACUGUCAGAGAAAUGCCCUCUCAGAAGAGCCGACAGAUAGCAGCUCUAAUCCUGGGCCAUAUGUCAGGAAAUCCCCCUGUUUUACACUUGCCUCCUCCCCCUGUCCCUCCACCUAAUGAGAGCCCUAGCCUUCGGAAAAAAGGUGAGCUGGGGGUGGUGAGUGAGCUGAUCUCGGGGCUGGCCCCGGGGCCUGAGGAGGAGAGCCCAUAUGAGGCGCUGUUUGAGGCCACUUCCUGUCACUCUCUGGACAGCCUGGCCAGUGGCAAGUCCUCCGACAGGGACUCUGGACGACCUGACAGUGAAGCCGGAAAGAAAGACCGGCUUGCUCACCAAUCCCAACAUGCCCCAGGCCAGGAAGAGGAGCUUAACUCAGAGGCCCUGUACACUAACAGCAGCAUCGAUGAGAGAGGGGAGGAGGAUCACACGUAUGAACUGCUGCUCUCCGCCCAUACUGAAGUCCCCCAGUCCGCACAGGACCCCCCAUUACAGAAAUGUACAGAUGAGAACGCUACCUCCCAACAGUCUUCCAACAGUCUUCUACCUCAGCAGCGGAAGCCCACUGACCCUAGUGACCUCCGACCUUCAGGCCAGACGGGCGACAACCUGAAGCUCCCCGGACCUCCUGUGGUUGGGCCGGGACGGACGGGCCUCGGCCUCACUGGUGAUAACUCCUUGCUCGGCCAGGACCUGGUCGCAGUACCUGAAGUGUUCACAGGCCUCCUGCACGGAUCCUCGCCCGUCUUUGACUGUCGGGAGGAGUCCAUCAGCAGCCUGCCAGGUGGAGUACUGACACAGUCCAGCCAAGGCCAACAGCCGGCGCCAGCUCCAACAGCACCCACCAAAGCAACAGAAGCUCCGCCUCCUCCAAACAAUCCAAUCAACAUGUCUGCCGUCCUGACAGACUGUGACCCCAAAGCUAUCUAUGCCACCGUGUCCAAGGGGGAGCCCAGGGACAGAGACAGGGACAUUGGGUCUGGGGCUGUGCCUGCUGGCAGGAUGCGCCCACCUGGGGAUUUGAAGCUGGCUCGCAGCUUUUCCAAGUCGGACUCAGACCUGCUGGUGUCGCCGCCUAGCGAGGAGGAGGGAGGGCUGGGCAGCCGCAGUGAGUCCGUCUCGAACUGCAGCGCAGCCAAAAAGAGGCUGGAGAAGUCGCCCUCGUUCGCCUCUGAAUGGGACGAGAUUGAGAAGAUCAUGACGUUGAUUGGAGCAGGCAUUGAUUUCUCUAGAGACCAGCAGUACUCUACCCCAGGUGGGUCGGCUGGGCGGCUGCUGGACCAGCCUGUGGGAGACUGGCUGGAACACGUGGGGCUGCCGCAGUACGAGAGCAAGCUACUGCUCAACGGCUUCGACGACCUGCACUACAUGGGUAGUAAUGUGAUGGAGGAGCAGGACCUGAGGGAGAUAGGCAUCACAGACCCAGGACAUCGAAGGAAGAUCCUGCAUGCAGCUCGAUCCCUACCUAAGGUGAAGGCCCUCGGCUGCGACGGCAGCAGCUCUCUGUCCUCCUGGCUGGACCUCCUGGGCCUGCAGGAGUACCAACACAGCUUCCUGUCCAGCGGAUACCGUAGCCUCGACUCUGUCAAGAACCUGUGGGAACUGGAGAUUGUCAAAGUGCUGAAGAUCUCCCUGCUGGGACACAGGAAACGGAUCAUCGCUUCGCUGGCCGAGCAGCCUUAUGAGGAACCUCCUGUCAAGCCCCCCCGCCUGUCCCAGAUCAGGUGUCAGGACCUGGUAUCCCAGACCUCCUCUCCCAUCAGUCACAUGGACUCCUAUACGGGCCGCUCCAUGGACCCCAUCCUGCCCCUGGGGGAGCCUGGGGGGAGGAAGGGGCCCGACCCCGAAUACGAUGUGGCCCCCCACCGUUCCCGCAGUGAACGACACCGAUCACAUGAGAGGUAUGAGGAGCGGCAUCGUGAGCCUCGUCUGACCCUGCGACCCCCCAGCCUGGCAGCACCCUAUACCCCUGUACAGAACUGGCACCACCAGCCUGAGAAGCUCAUCUUUGAAUCCUGUGGAUAUGAAGCCAAUUACCUGGGAUCUAUGCUCAUCAAGGAGCUACGGGGGACCGAGUCCACCCAGGAUGCCUGUGCCAAAAUGAGGAGGUCAACAGAGCAGAUGAAGAAGGUCCCCACCAUCGUCCUCUCCAUCACCUAUAAAGGGGUGAAGUUCAUUGAUGCUGCCAAUAAGAACAUCAUUGCAGAACAUGAAAUCCGGAACAUCUCGUGCGCGGCCCAGGACCCAGAGGAUCUGUGCACGUUUGCCUACAUCACCAAGGACCUGCAGACCAACCACCACUACUGCCAUGUGUUCAGCACAGUGGACGUGAACCUGACCUAUGAAAUCAUCCUGACGCUGGGACAGGCAUUUGAGGUGGCCUAUCAGUUAGCUCUCCAGGCCCAGAGGACCAAACAGCACCAGGGCAUCCCAGCAGGACCCGGGGCAGAGGUCAUCGAGACCAAAUCCAGCCGGCCCGUUCCCAAACCACGGGGUGGCGUAAGGAAAUCAGGGGACUCUCCUCCCCUGCUGGACAGUCGCUCCUGCUGUUACUGUCUCACCUGCACCACCCACCGUCCCUCCUUCCUCCCACUGCACCACUCUGCCAGCCCUGUUGCCCAGGUGGACCCGUUGGAGCUGGAAGUGGACUCCCAGUCCCAGGGCAGCACCACGUGGCUGGUGGACCCUGUCCCCAAAGACUCCAAGAGGACCAUCAGCACUAAGUACGAGACCACCAUAUUCUGAGUGGACCUGACACCUCUCCUGCCCUCUGCCCUUUGACCCUGGGCUUGACCUUCUGACUUACUGUACCUUUCCUCCUCCUUCUGUGUGCCUUUCACUGUGACUCUGCGUCCUGCCUCUUUCUCUGGGCCAGAACCCUCCUGCCCUCCCCUGUCUCCACCUCUCCUCUGCCUCCACCUCCUCUCCUCUGUCUCCUCCUCUCCUCUGUCUCCACCUCUCCUCUGCCUCCACCUCCUCUCCUCUGUCUCCACCUCUCCUCUGCCUCCACCUCCUCUCCUCUGUCUGCUGAAAGACUCAAUGUCUCUCCUCCCCCUGUCUGUUAUUCAGUCUACCAUUAUGAUACCUGCCUCUUCUGUCCUUGCCUUGCCACUGCCUCUCGCCCUGACCACAAAUCUCUUUGUGGGGACUAACUGGACAACCUCCUGGACUACACCCUGAUCCCUACUCCUUUUCGCUGUGUUAAACUGCUGACUCCUCUGGGCCCUGAAUCAUUGCUCUGUGAUCAUCGUACAGUAUGUUCCUAGGCAUUUGGUUCCCCUUGCCUCUGUGAAGCAUGAUACUCUACCUUGUCCUUCCACUUCCCUCACAUUGACACUGUUAGUUCUGCUUAAACUGUUCUAAUGUAUGGUGCUGUUAUUCAGUACCCUAGCUAUGAUGUGUGUAGGACAGCUAAUGUAAUCCACAAAUCCAGUCACUGAUUCAGUCUGUUCAGUGGCUGCUAUCUCCAUUCUACCUACCUACCUCCCCACUCCUCACCAUUCCUCUUUCCCUCGCCCCAAAUUCUCUUAGGACAAUCCUUAAUUUUUCUAUCCAUCUAUCCCUCCUUUCUUUUUCCUUUCUCCUCUGGUUGCGUUUACUGCUCUACCAGGCGACGGCCACUGUGAGGCGCUCUUGAAGAACUUUCCCCUUCCUUGUUUUCUCUCUGUGAGAGACUCCCUGUUCCAAUGUUGUAGUUCUACGCUCAUUAGUAGGAACAUUGCCUGUUUCUCUGCAAGCGGAUGGAAGACAACUCUGGACUAAACCCUAAUUCCCCCCCCCCCCCCUAGGAUUGGUCCAUUUGGGUAAACAGAGGGAAGGGCAUGUUGAUGCGUAUCCUGUCUGAUUUAUUUUUGCUCUUUGUGUCGGUUUCCCAUAUUUAAUCUGAGUCUGGGAAACUAGCACUCUGUGUUAUGCUACCAAAGUAGGCUAGGGUCCAGCACUGUGAUAGGAGAUCUCUACUGAUAACUAAUGGAGUUAACAUUGAUGGGGGAUAGAUAGGACACAGAGGUUCAAACAGAUAUAGAUGUCCUCACUGUUAUAGACAGCAGUGUGGGAAAUCAAUCUGAGCAUGUCUUGCUCUUUGACUGAGAAUUUAAUAUCUAGUGCAAUCCUUAUUUGGAGUGUCAUGAAAACUUUGUGAAUGCUUGGAUGCUGGGGAAAUAUGUGCAUCAAAGAUGAUAUGACGAGAACUUAAAUUGACUGUUUAUUCAAUAGAGUAUGAGCCAAAAUGCAUGAAUUCUGCUCUAGCCACCAGUAAUAGACUUGGGUGACGGUUUCAGUCUAAUUACCCAGCCUUGCCGGUAGAUCCGUCAAUAUAGGGCUGAUCGGUUAUAUUAACCUUCAUGAGGAGGAGAGCUCAUCAAAUCUCACUGGAGAGGAGUGGUUAGGUGAAAUGCGUCAAAAGAAUAAACUGCUGCACCAUCCAUCUUUCCUAAUCCAAGCAUGUCUUAAUGGACUGAAAGAUGAAGGCAUAACCUUGUCAAGGCACAUAUUCUGUUUAGUUGGCAUCUAGUCUAUCCACUGUGGUUAAACAGAGGCUGAUGUAUACAGAUUAAAAGUACAGCAUUACAUAAUGUUGCUAUACUUUAGGUAUAGUGCAUUCAGUGUUCUCAUUUGAAAUUAUAUCACUCUUUGCAUCGAUCAACAUUUCUAACUCAUCGCCAUAUUCCAAAUAGUGCCACGAUGCAAUCAACCCAAUGUCUGUUGAAAGUAAACAGUGAAAUAGGGGACUUUCCUUUUUACCCUUUUUAAAUUUCCUUCUUUUUUUUCACUACUCAUACAGUUUCUCCUUUAUGUUCAUCAUGUUGUCAUUAAUGACUGUCUGUGUUUGUUUUACUAUUCACCCUGCCUCAGUCGAUAUUCAGUGCUAACAUGGAAGCGGAAUUUAAUCAUUAUCUAGAAAAAUCUGUCAUUUUGAUAUCUACGCCAUUUUGUUUUCAGUUGGCUCAGUUAUGUUUUUACAUUAUUUUAACCCCAGUGCUGUGUUGGUGUGUGUCUCCCUUCCAUGUAGCUGACUACCAUGACCGGACACCCAGCCAGAGUGAGAGGUCAGGGGUGACCCAUACCCAUGGGGUUGUGUUGUGGGGCAGGAGGCAUUUUUGGAACCAGGAGAAAGGCCACUUUCCAUGCACCCUUCCUACCAGUACCACUGGAGACAUGCUUGCAUACACCAGGAAGGCCCUACCUCCUGUCUGACACCCCUGGCCCUCUCCUCAUGCUCCACUCCUUCUCACCUCCACUGAGGUGUUCAGCUCCAGGGGUCAGCGCUGUAGCUCUGUAUCACACAGACAGGAAGUCAGCCCCCAAGCAGUAGGCCCAAACAACCAAUAUCCUCACUGCAUCCACUUACUUACACUGGAAAAUGGACUCAAUAUGUCAAAGCUUGGUCAGUUAUCCAGAGACUGAAAGGUGGGUGUUUGUUUGGUAGGCAUCUCUUUCAAUGUGAAGCACUCGACUUUAACAUCCCUCCUUUUCUGUUUGUUUUUUACAAAUGGAAACAUGUUUAUCCUUGACAGGCCAGUGAAUGCUGUUCAGACAGUGUAUUUUAUCUAUGGGGGUUUGAGAGUGUCAUGUUCCCAGUGGUUGUUCUUCCCUGACAUUUUGUGACUUGUGUAUCCAUUCCAUGAGAGUUGAAGAUGGAUGCUUCUCUAGAUCGAUCCCUCAGAGGGGCCUUUCCCAUACACUUAUAUGUGUCUUCGCUGAGGGCUACGCUAAGCUAAUGUUUACUCUGACAUGGAAUUUUAUUAAGGUACAGACAGUGGUAAUCAACAUAAAAAUAUUUUUUUGAGAAAAGAAGUAGAGAUCUACCUGGAUAUCUCACUGGGAAAUGGGAGACCGAUUUAGAUAAAGGAACGCAUUAAAGUUGUCCUCGGUAUGCUAUACUCACUAGGGUACGAUUGGGUAGAAUAAUUACAAUGCGAGAUGCAGCAGUACACUCACAGGCGUUCACAUGUCCAUCCAUUCAAGCACCGGGUCAGUUACAUCAAAGCAUCGCUUUAUCUUCAUUUUCUCAUUCAUAACAUACAGAACUGUGAUAGUUAACGUAAUAGUGUACAGGAGGAAUAAUCUGACAUGGAUGAAGUUUGGAGGGCUGUUCAACUGACACUACAGCAACUUUUAAAAACAGGGGAAGUGUCUUUUUGUAUGUUUAAACUGUUCAGUUACUGGAAACUAUAGGACCUGUUAAGAGGUACUGUGAUCGCCUUUUAUUCCCCCUGAUUUGAUUUGAUUUAUUUUAAACUAGUCAAUGCAGAAAACCAGUCCUGUAAGAUUUUAGGUACAAUGUGGUACAAUGUUUUCUCCCCAUAUGGUAUCUCUCCUGGUACGUUGACUGUUUUGGGUACUCUGUGGUCAGCUGGAGUGUUGAGCCUCUGUGGGUACAUAGACUAGCUAUAUGGUACUCACUCUAUAUGAUACAGCUGUCUUUAGCUGGUUGAUGUGAGUGCCUGCAGCCAUCAACCUGGUCCUGUCUCCGCGUUUGCACAUAAGGAUCAUGGGUAGUACAAUGGGACUAUUCUGAGGAUAUUAAUGAAGACUAUGAUGAUGAUAACAAUGAUAUUGGAUUGUAAAUUAAUCUCUAGCAGUCGGUAUUUUGAUACUUGAAUGAUUUUGUUUUUAUAGAUAUCUAUGUAUAUGUAUGUACCUAUGUAAUUGUUUUGCCACAUUUGUAAAAAGGACUGUCUUAUUAAGUUCAACAUAUCUUGAUACUGUUAGGUUCUAAUUUUGAGUAAAUAACUCACGGACACUAGAGAAGCUUAACCAAGUUUAAUUCUUCCCAAAGGGUUGUUACAGCUGUAAUUCAGACACCGACAUGGCUUCCCCAGUGGUAGUAUUCAUACCCCACUUUGGGUGGAGUCUCCUUAUCUCUAAACAUUGCAUCAUUCUUGCUAAGCAGGGAGCUAAGUGAUAUGAGCCUUCGACAGUUUCUCCCCUUAUCAGUACUGCCACAUGCAAUUGUGUUCCCUGCACUCAGCCCCUCCCAAGCUUCAUUAUGGCACCCCUCAUGUCUCUUUAGUACCUAAUGUUCCUAUACUUCUGAGUAUAACAAUGUUCAAAGUUUCACCCCGAUUCCAACAAUACCCAACGAUUGAAAACAGGCUGAGAGAAAGAACUUAGAGAGACAUCACUACAGAAACAAAGAAAAAAGAUUGUAAAUGACCUUGGGCUUCCAGUCCUUUUUUAUGAUUAUUAUUUUUCAUAAUUGUACAACUAAUAAAUGAAGAAAUGAUGAA